UGAAUGAAUGAAUGAAUGACAAUUGUCCAUAAUAAGACCUUAAAGGUAGAUAUUAAUGCCAAACUAAUUACCACUGCUGUUUAUUUAGGGACUAAUAUGUACCUUGUCAAAAUGUAUGGUUAUGGUGCCAUUAUGGACACUUUUAGAUACAUAUUAGUACAUAAAGUUUUGACAAGGUACAUAUUAGAACCUAAAAAGUACAGCUAUGUACCUUUAUGGUCUCAUCAUGGACCUUUUAGUAACAUAUCACUCCAAUGUCAGCCUUUGUACUUUUAUUUCUGAGGAUGUAAUGUACAGUCUAUUGUAAAAGUUUUAGCUAGUAAUUUGUGCCUAAAUAUGUAAAAUUACACUCUCAGUUUAGGAAUAAAGGUAUAAUGCUGUUUUAGACUGUACAUUUUUGCACUUAAAGGGUCAAUUAUGGUAAAUUAAAUAAUUAAUAAAUACCUAAAAGUGCUAAUUGGUGUAAUUCUGUACACUAGUGUACCUAAAUUGGCCUAUAGUGGUGCCAUAAAGGUACAUAUUAGAACCUAAAAUUUUGCCAUGGCACACUAAUGCACAGACUUACACUAAUUAGUACUUUAAGGUAAUAAUAAUGUUCUUUAAUUUACCAUGAUGGACCCUUUUUGGUACAAAAAUAUACCUUUUGAAAAGAUAAUACUCCAGCUUUAUACCUUUAUUUUGGAACAUGUAUAAAUGAAAAAACGAGCUGAUUAAAAAUCAGGAAUGAUAACAAAUCAGAGAGGGAUACCUUGUAUUACUUUUACGUCUAUUUAUUUGCAAAUCACAGCAUCUUUCACGAGAACAUUUGUUUACACACCUGUCGAACAUAUGCUGUAAUUAACAAAUACAUGUAAAUGAAUACUCAGAAAAGGUGUCAGCGUCAGGUGAAGGGAGGAGACGGCUGAGCUGGAGAAAUGCGCUAUAAAUUUCUAACAUACAGACUUAAUUUUCAGAGCAGGAAGGAAGACAUGGGACGCCCCAAUAGGUUUAAACAUAUUUUAUAUUUCUAUGUUGGAAUAUAUGUUUGUGUUAUUCGUAUGAUUAAUUAAUAUUAAUUUAUUAUUACGUUUCUUGAUUAUACACAAUAAAUUCACUGUUUCUGUUUUCUACGUUAGUUUUAGUUGCUUUAUUUUGUUAAACUUACCGUGUACUGAAACUGUUUCUACCCCAAUUAUUUUAUCAAUGUCUUUUUAUAUAUUAAUUUGAUACAUGUAAACUGAGACUUUUCACAAAUUCUCUGAACAAAAAGUCAUCAGAUUAAGGUUAAAUUCGAAAGUAGGAAUCUUUAUCUUUUUGUUUUCAUGUUCUCAGCUAUUAUUUUCAGUGUUAUCAUUUUUUCUCAGUUUCUUCCCAUCAGGGCUGCUGUACACAGUAUGGCUCAUUUUAACUCAGAUUUUAGGAAUUUCCUGUUUGUUUGUCAGUCCUCAAGUGAGACUCGUUGACGGCAGCAGCUCUUGUUCAGGAAGAGUGCAGGUUCUCCAUUCUGACGAAUGGCAAAUAGUAUGUUAUGAUGGCUGGGACUUGCUUGACGGAAAUGUUGUGUGUGGGCAAUUGGGUUGUGGGGAAGUGCAAGAGGUGAAAGUAGCAGCAUUUUUUGGCCCAAGCUUAGAACAGAUAUGGAUGAAUCGGGUAAACUGUGUUGGGAAUGAAUCAUCAUUGGCAGACUGUGCGAUGGAGAGUUUGGGACCAACCGGAUGCCUGAAGGAUUUAUAUGCUGGAGUCAUCUGUCAGCCCAGAACUAGACUGGUGAGCGGCAUCAACUCUUGUUCUGGACGAGUGGAGGUUUUCCAUAACGGCUUAUGGGGAACAGUGUGUGAUGAUUACUGGGGUCUGACAAACGCUGCAGUGGUGUGUAGAGAGCUGGGAUGUGGAGACGUGAUUGAGGCAAAGAGUAAUGCUUAUUUUGCAGAAGGUUCAGGGCAAAUAUUGAUGGAUGAUGUGAACUGCUCCAGAGAUGAUAAUGCAUUGAGUAAAUGUGAAUUUGCUGGAUGGGGAGUGCACAACUGUGUUCAUUCAGAGGACGCUGGAGUCGUCUGUCAGGCCAAAAUGUGGCUGUUUAACAACUUUGACAGUUGUUCUGGGACAGUGGCGGUUUUCCAUAAUGCAUCGUGGGGAGCAGUGUGUGCCGAUGAUGACUGGGAUCUACCGGAUGCUACAGUGGUGUGCAGAGAGAUAGGAUGUUGGAAAAGUGUUAGCGUUUUUACUGAUUAUAGUUGGAGCAGCACACCUCUGCGAACAUGGAUGAACAAUGUGAGCUGCAGUGGAGACGAAACGGCUUUGAGCACCUGUGCAUUUCAGGGAUGGGGACCGGAUAACUGUGAUCCAAAAUAUGCAGGAGUCAUCUGCCGCCUCCCUGUCAGGCUGACGGGUGGAAGAGACGCAUGUUCUGGACUUGUGGAGGUUUUUCAUGACGGUCAGUGGGGGACGGUGAAUGCUGAUGGCUGGGAUCUGGCAGACGCUGCAGUGGUGUGUAGAGAGAUGGGAUGUGGAGAUGCUGUACAGGCAACGGGCGGUGCUUUUGGACGAGGAAUUGGUCCAAUAUGGAUGACUUUAGUCGACUGUGUUGGCAGUGAGUCUUCCCUAAUACAAUGUAGCUUAGAUCGAUGGCUGCCAAAUCACGUCAACCAUCUGAAUGAUGCUGGAGUCGUCUGCACUCAUUCCAGUUCAUUUAGCAUCAGCUCUACUCAGGACUCAAGUGUUAAAGUCCUGUUGAGGAUUAAAGUGAAGACUGACGCCCGAUUCAACCCUAACAACCCUAAAACCCUGAGUAAAAUCACAGAGAUGCAAAAGAAGCUACAAAUAAGCGGAUCUUUCUCACUGACUUGGAAAACUCAGGAAGGUGGAAAAGUCUUCAAAGAAGUCGCCUUGAAGAAAAACGUUGAAGUAACAUGUCACUGACAUGCUGGAUCAUACAAUUUUUUAUAUGAAAUGUUUUCUGCCAACACUGGGUUACCAUUUUUCCAAGAUGAAAAGUAAUUUCUGUGAUUUUACAAUAAACAAGUUAAUGUAAACAAUAAAGUGUGAUUUGAACCCACGUCUCCAUUAAA